CAUGUCGAACUCAACAAGAGUUACUAUUGCGUCAUCAUAUUGCCUUCGCUAGUUCUUAUUUCCUGACAGAGUGACGCUUGUUUAUGUGAAGUAUUUAAAAUAUCACUCCGUUUUAGGACAGAGGGACAUUUCAACUGGAGUUCUGAUAACAAGAUCGAGGAAAAAAACGGCUCGACUCAGAUUGAACCAGCUGUCUCCUCUCAUUCACAGCUUGACACAAUAACAUUGCACACGUGGCUUUCAGCGGGAAUAUCAACCACCCAUACGUGUCAUUGUGGCGGAUUUUGACGGACAUGGCUCAUCGGCUAUUUUCUCAAGGCGUUUUGUGGUGAUUCUGAGUGACCGCUUAGAGUUCAGCGCACGGUCAGAUGGAUAUUUGAGUAGUGAUCGGGGCAUAUCCUGGCUUUGUGCGCACUUGGCCUACAUACCACGUUUCUCUCGCGACAAGCCAGUUCCGUUUCCUUAGUAACGAAGUAAAACUAUUCUGGGUCAGUGUUAUUCAUUGAGCACAACAGAUCAAUAUGGCCAAAGGAAACGUUGACUUCACACCGGAAGGAGAUAUUGACAAAUCUAAAGUCCCGUUCCUAACGUCGUCGCGAGUGGGACUAGCUGUAUUAGGAUUCUUCGGCUUUAUCAAUGUCUAUGCCCUGCGCGUCAACCUCGUCGCGCUUAGUGUCAGCAUCGUCUGCAUGGUCAACCAGACAUGGAUGAAGGAAAGCUUAAAGAACGACGCCAACGACAGCGCGUCGGUGUCGGAGUGCGCGUCUUACUCAGCUGUAGAUCCUCAACUCGGGUGCGCCCUGUGUACUUGUGGCCUAACGUAUGUUCUCCUGUUUCAGGAUGGCAAGUUGCUGUGGGACAAGCCCACCCAGGGCCUGGUGUUGGGCGCCUAUUUCUGGGGAUACCUUGUCUCCCAGAUACCUGCAGGAUGGCUGGCCACCAGGUUCGGGGGGAAGCAUGUGUACGGCUGGUCAGUGUUUGUGUGCAGCAUCCUCACCUUCCUAACCCCCAUCGUAGCCACCACCAACUACAUCGCUGUUAUGGCACUCCGGAUCCUGCUAGGUCUUGCCUCGGGUGCAGCGUUCCCUGCCAUGCACACAUUCUGGGGGCACUGGGCCCCUCCCCUAGAGAGGAGCAAGCUAACAGCAUUCACAUAUGCAGGUGCACAAGUUGGCAACGUGGUGACAUUCCCCCUAGCUGGCUUCCUGUGUAAAUAUGGCUUUGGGGGAUGGCCUUCCAUAUAUUACGUUCUGGGUGCCCUGUCCUUGGUGUGGUUCAUCUUGUGGACGCUCCUUGUGAGCGACACCCCGGCCCAGCAUAAACGGAUAUCGGAGAACGAGAGACGCUACAUUCAGUACACCCUUCGUCAUAGCGCCAGAUCACACAAGAAGAUAAAUGUUCCCUGGAAGAGCAUAGCGCUGUCACUACCAUCCUACGCCAUCAUCGUCAGCAACAUCACCUCUGACUGGGGAGCCUACACCCUCCUCACCAACAUCCCCACAUACAUGAGCGAGGUCCUCAAGUUCGACAUUGCUUCUAACGGUCUGUACUCCGCUCUCCCCUACAUUGUGUUCUGGGCGAUGAUCAACUUGUCUGGUUGGAUGGCUGACUUCGUCAGGAGACGGAGCAUCUUCACAACCACCAACACCAGGAAAAUAUUUGACUCUUUCGGUAAGUUGGUCCCGGCAGCGAUGUUGGUCGGCUUGGGGUAUGUCGACUGUUCCCAGCGGCCGUUGGCCAUCACCCUGCUGGUUCUGGGUGUCUCCCUCACCGGCUUCCAGUUCUCCGGCUUCAUCGUCAACCACGUCGACAUCGCCCCCGCAUACGCCGGCAUCCUCUUCGGCAUCUCCAACUCCAUAGCUGCCGUCACGGGGUUCAUCUCACCCGUCGUUGUUGGAGUCAUUACAUCUGAGAGUCAGACGCGGGCAGAGUGGCAAGUUGUUUUCUACAUUGCGGCAGCCAUGUACGCCUUCGGCGCCAUCUUCUAUGUCCUGUUUGCAUCCGGGGAACUACAACCAUGGGCCUGCGAGGAAAGAGAAGAGGGGGAGGAGAUGGGGGAGAAGAUGGGUGUGGAGAUGGAGACGAGGGGGGCUGGUAGAGAAGGGGAGACUGAUGGCAUGUUAGCCGACAACAAAUAUUGAUAAUGGAAAAGUGUAGGUAAAAUCACAUUUUAUAAGAACAGUGUUCUCCUCUCGAUGGGAUACGUAAGGUAUUUGUCAGUACAUGUACAGAUUGUACUUAAUCUGAUUGUGCACUUUGUUUGAACUAAGAGAUAUAGCACUAUAAUGUGAAAACUACAGUCUGGCGUUAUGCACGUGGGUGUGAGGGGUGUCAUGAUGCCCAUAACUGUUUAGAGGGGGCGCUGCUUAGUAAGCUAAAUGCCUUCUCUUCUGUCUCCACAAAGGUUUUAUCACAAAAUGGUGAAUAGUAUGAUAGGAAAGAGCCUAAAUUACAUCAAAUUUUUCAUAUUCUAUAGAUACAAGAGCGGGGAUUUGUCUGGAGACCGUAUGUUCUGUUUUAUCCCUAUCCGUGUCAAAAUAACAUGAUUGGUUUUGUAAGACAAGAUGUACUCGUUUUACUAACCAUGCGUAAUCUCGCUCUUUGGUGGUUGAUAGCCGUGUGAAUGAAUAUUUAUUCCUUUGUCAAUGUAUCGUCUGUUGUCACCUGACAAGACAGACUUUCCACAGAUUGCCAGAAACUUCAAUCACAAGUGAAACCUUCCCCUCAGUGUGUUUGUUACAUCUCAGAUAUAUGCAAUCUAGGUUACCGAAUGACUGGGAGUAAUGAUUUGCCUUUAUUGAUUUAGUGUUCAAUUAAACACCAGUCCUGUUUGUAAACAAGGACCUGGGUUCAGAUGUAUACUUACAGUGACCGUACAAGCAUGGAGACGUCUAAAUGUAUUAUUACCAUGGUAACAUAAACAGUAUAUUGUUACCAUGGUGAAUUUCCUUAUUAUUAUAAGUUGUUUCAAGACUGCCUCUGUUAUUGUUGAUAAAACUGUAUUCCUUUCGUGACAUAGUAUUUGAGUAAUUAUCGUAACUAAGAUGUAGUAAUCACUUAUUAUAUGAUCAAUUUAGAAUCAUUAUUUUCAACAGAGGUAUUAUGUUUCACUGAAAACGUUACGGCUCCAGACAUCUGCAGUGUUGUGCAGUGUAAAUAAUCAGGUCUGGACCAGACAACCCAGUGAUCAACAGCAUGAGCAUCAGUCUACGCGAUCCCGUUAGUGGCCUCUUACGACAAGCAUGGCUUGCUGAAGACCAAUUCUCACCCGGAUCUUCACGGGUAGUCGCUAUAUGAACGCAUGUACGUAGUUUUGUCAGACUAAGUGAAGCCUGAGAUACAGUUAUUUGUGAUUGACCAGAGAGUGACUCUGGAUCAGUCAAAUGCAAGAGAUCACUGUUUCACACCUCUACUCUGACUUCUCCAUUAUCAUCAGAUGAAAACGCUUUUAGUUCAGUUUUAGUCUAGUCCUGGACAGCCUCAUGCGAUGUAAACUAAUUUAAUCACGGUGAGAUGUGACGUGACUUUAGGAUUAGUGUGUAGUGGCCAUCGUUAUAUUGCUUCGCGAUCCGCUGUGAAGAGGUGAUGGUAAUGCUGCUUUAUUCUAUGUAGUCGUGGUUGUUGUUGACGCCGCACUCAGCAGUACCCCUGGCAUAUGGCGGCGGUCUGCAAAACAUCUAGUCUGGACCAGACAGUCCGGUGCUUGGCACAAGGCGUAUGGAUCCUUCGCUACUUGGACACUUGCUGAGUUCGCGAGAAUAACCACCCCGGUCCAGUCACCCCCAUGUUGUGACAAGCACUCGUGCUGCAGGUCUAAUUCCUGGAUCUUCAUUUAGUAGUAGCAUUGUUUCUGGCCACCCGCCCAUCAUAUUCACCCAUUAUCAUGUGUCUUGUAUUGCUGACAUAGUAUUUUCAAUAAGCCAAAAUAGAUAUAGAUAUGCCUAUGACUAACUGACAAUCAAUAUGUACUGUGUUGUCGGCAAAUGCGCCUAGUCCGUUGGUACUGUCAGGAAAUGCGCCUAGUUCGUUAGUACUGUCAGGAAAUGCGCCUAGUCCGUUGGUACUGUCAGGAAAUGGGCCUAGUCCGUUAGUACUGUCAGGAAAUGAGCCUAGUCAGUUAGGUAUCGCCCUUCUACUGGGAUGCCCGUUAUCCGGAUAUAUGUUAAGCGUGUGCAAAACUAUUUUGGCACCCCCGCGUUCAGCAGUAUUCCAGGUAUAUCACUGCGGAGGGAAUGGACUUCACACAUCGUUCCAAAGAGCGUCGAACUGGGCUCUGUUUCAAACUAGAGCUUUCACCACAAGGCCAAACUGCCGCCCCAAAUGAAGUGUGGAUCUUGAUGAGUAUUCACUGUUUUGUAUAGAGGAUUGUCUCAGGGGUUAAUACAUCAAUACGAGCGAUACUGGUACUUCUCCCUUUCACUGCUUGGUGGGGUAGCCCAAAGGGUAGUGCGUAGAUCUGUCUUACUAGACCAAAGUUCGAUCCCAUCAUCAGUCCAUCCAUCUCCCAAGACUAGGGAGAGCGGCGAAGCUGCUCUUUCAGAUAUGUUUGUUUUUUUAUCGAGAGUCUAGGCGAAGUAUUGGAGUUUAUAACACAGACUACAGCGUUGUGGGGAGAAUCCUCCAAGAUAAUUAUGACAAGAAGAUAAAGGGCUUGAUAAAUCGUGAUGGUUGGUGGUCUGUAGUGUGUAUUGUGUUCUGAAUAGAGAUAAAAGUCAAUAAAACCGUAUUUUGUGUA